CUAAGUAAUAACUUAGAAUAUCAGAAAACAACAAGUGAUGGUGAAACAUUUCACUGAAAAAUAAAAAUGAGUAGGCUAGCCUGUAAAAUACAUUAGUGGCCAUUUGGCCAAUCAAACGCAGGCGUGUACGUCAAUUAAUGUCAUGGAAACAGAAGGACGAUCCGAGGAGCCUAUAUAAGGGCUGCAGACCAUUCUAAUUUCUCGCUUUGCAUUUUGACUUGGGCUUCAUGCAAAUCGAACCUGUGGAAAACAAACUCUUGAGUUUUAAACCGCUGGAGAUAACAUACUGCAAACUGAUCACUUGGAAAAAUAAAAGAACAACAAAGAACAACACAACUUCCGAAUCACUUACUAUUGUGGUGAAAGGAAGAGCUUGGACAUGGCUGGUCGUCCGCCUGGUGGUUUACCCGAGGAGCACCUCCAGGAUUUUCCGAGGAGACGCAUCCAUGGGUGGCACAUGCUUGCAAGACAAGGCAGUGUAGACAACUUACCACGUCCUGCAGAACCUGGCCUCCCUGAAGAGGAAGGUGAGUAUAACAUUGGUCACCGUUUUCCCCCUCUCAGAGAAGAUGAACAUCAAUUUCAGGAGUGGGUGGAUGAAGACUCAGAGGAUGAAGACGAGUGGCCUUACUGGUCUGUAGAUCCUGGGUAUGGCUCCAUGUCGGAAAAGGACGAGAAUGCAGAGGAAGAGGAGCAAGUGGAUGCUGAAAAUUGUAGUGAUAGUUAUGGUGAUGGUCAUAGUGAUGGUGACGUUGGUAGAGAUGGUGACGUUGAUAGUGAUGGUGGUAGUGGUAGUGGUAGUUAUGGUUAUAGUAAUGGUUAUAGUGAUGGUUUUAGAGAUGGUUAUGGUGAUGGUUUUUGUGAUGAUUUUAGUGCUGGUAAUGCUUAUAGGGCUGGUCAUAGUGCUGGUUAUAUUGCUGGUUAUAGUGAUGGUUAUAGUGAUGGUUAUAGUGAAGGUUGUCGUGAUGGUUCUAGUGAUGGUUCUAGUGAUGGUUCUAGUUUUCAUGAUGAUGUCAACAUCCUACCUUCCUCCCCUCUCAUCGAGCACGUCCCACCUCCAAGUUUUUGGCACCAAUUUAAACCACCGCGUCCUUCCUUUCCCACUGGUGAGCCACUCUUUCACCUCCCAUUUGGUGGUACGCUGCACGGGCUUCCUGCGCUGCAAGUGAGAGAACCUGAAUAUGGUUGUCCCUCAGCCUCUCAAAGGUCACACCUUUGCCUCAGGGAGUCUGCACACUACUCUUCAGGCCUUGGCCCCUCCACAAACAGAAGAAGGGAAGACAGCUCCAGGGAGUCUGCACACUCCUCUUCAGGCCUCGGCCCCUCCACAGAGAGAAGAAGGGAAGACAGCUCCAGGGAGUCUGCACACUCCUCUUCAGGCCUUGGCCCCUCCACAGACAGAAGAAGGGAAGACAGCUCCAGGGAGUCUGCACACUCCUCUUCAGGCCUCGGCCCCUCCACAAAGAGAAGCAGGGAAGAGAGUGACACCCUGCAGGUAAGUAUGAAGAAGCUGAAGGGGAAUUGUGAGGACAGCCUCAAUGAGUUACCACCCUCCUCUUCAGGCCACGGCCCGUCCACACAUAGAAGAAGGGAAACCAGCACCAGCGAGUCUGCACACUCCUCUUCAGGCCUCGGCCCCUCCACAGACAGAAGAAGGGAAGACAGCUCCAGCAAGUCUGCACACUCCUCUUCAGGCCUCGGCCCCUCCACAAAGAGAAGCAGGGAAGAGAGUGACACCUUGCAGGUAAGUAUGAAGAGGCUGAAGGGGAGUUGUGAGGACAGCCUCAAUGAGUUACCACCCUCCUCUGGCCCCUCCACAGACAGAAGAAGGGAAGACAGCUCCAGGGAGUCUGCACGCUCCUCUUCAGGCCUCGGCCCCUCCACAGACAGAAGAAGGGAAGACAGCUCCAGGGAGUCUGCACGCUCCUCUUCAGGCCUCGGCCUCUCCACAGACAGAAGAAGGGAAGACAGCUCCAGCGAGUCUGCACGCUCCUCUUCAGGCCUCUGCCCCUCCACAUUCAGGAGAUACUGGAUGGUUCCUAUUGAUAACAUGCGUGGAAGUGAAGAUAGCGACUCAGAUUAG